CUGGGUGAGUCCACCCGCGAUCCCGGCGGCGUCAGGUGCGUUCAACCUGCCCAGCCCCGGCCGCCGUAGCUGCCCUGGGCUCCCUGCUCCGUUGCUGAGAUGGCGACGCGCUCCUGCCGAGAGAAGGCUCAGAAGCUGAACGAGCAGCACCAGCUCAUCCUGUCCAAGCUGCUGAGGGAGGAGGACAACAAGUACUGCGCCGACUGCGAGGCCAAAGGUCCCCGAUGGGCUUCCUGGAAUAUUGGUGUGUUUAUUUGCAUCAGAUGUGCUGGAAUCCAUAGAAAUCUCGGGGUUCAUAUAUCCAGGGUCAAGUCAGUCAAUCUAGACCAAUGGACACCGGAACAGAUACAGUGCAUGCAAGAUAUGGGAAAUACUAAAGCAAGACUAAUCUAUGAAGCUAAUCUUCCAGAGAAUUUUCGAAGACCGCAGACAGAUCAAGCGGUGGAAUUUUUCAUCAGAGAUAAAUAUGAAAAGAAGAAAUUCUACGAUAAAAAUGCUAUAGCUAUCACAAAUAUUUCCUCCUCUGAUGCUCCUCUUCAGCCUUUGGUAUCCUCUCCUUCUCAGCAAGCUGCUAUUGAGAAAAACAAAUUGGAGAAAGAAAAGGAAAAAAAAAAGGAAGAUAAAAAGAGAGAAAAGGAGCCAGAAAAGCCUACAAAACCUCUAACAACUGAAAAGCUACAGAAGAAAGAAGAUCAGCAAUUGGAACUUAAAAAAAGUACCAGCCCUAAAAAAGCUGCAGAGCCCACUGUUGAUCUUUUAGGACUUGAUGGCCCUACUGAGGUGCCAGUAACCAACGGGAACACAGCCACAGUGCCAGCCCUGAAUGAUGAUCUGGACAUCUUUGGGCCGAUGAUUUCUAAUCCCUUACCCACGACCAUCAUGCCUCCAGCUCAGGGGACACCCACUGUAGCAGCAGCUACCCCUCUGUCUACUGUAGCAUCUGGGGAUCUGGAUCUAUUCACUGAGCAAACUACAAAAUCAGAAGAAUCCACAAAGAAACAGCUCUCCAGAGACUCCAUCUUAUCUCUGUAUGGUACAGGGACAAUCCAACAGCAGAACACUCCUGGUGUGUUUAUGGGGCCUGCAAAUGUACCAUUUACCUCACAAGCACCAACUGCAUUUCAAGGUUUUCCAUCAAUGGGGGUACCUGUAGCUCCUGGCCUUUUAGGAAAUGUAAUGGGACAGAGUGCAAGCAUGAUCGUGGGCAUGCCCAUGCCCAAUGGUUUUAUGGGAAAUGCACAAACUGGUGUGAUGCCGCUUCCUCAAACUGUUGUUGGGCCCCAAGGAGGAAUGGUGGGACAGCUGAGUGCAUCCCAGAGUCAGUUUGGUCUGCCUCCAGCUCCGCAGCCACAGUGGGGCCUCUCACAGAUGAAUCAGCAGAUGGCUGGCGUGAAUAUCAGUACUGCGAACCCUGCAGUGGGUUUUGGCCAGCCCCCCAGCACAACAGCAGGAUGGUCUGGAAGCUCAUCAGGUCAGACACUCAGCACACAGCUUUGGAAAUGAAAACGGCAAUACAAGUUUCAUCCAGAACUACCACCUGACAUUCCUUGCUAAAACGCAUCUAGUUCCCCUUUUUAUUCAUGUACAUACAUUUUUUUCCUUUUCCUCAUUCAUUCAGAAUUAUCUGAUUGACCUUGUUGGUCUGUACUGAUUAAAUUUGAUGUGGUGAAAAGCAGGUUGAGAAACCAUUUUAUGUCAAGGGCAGCUUUGCUCAUAACUCCCCAUGAAUUCCCUAUGAUUUCAUAAAUGACAUUCUUUGAGAAGCUACUCCAUCAACUUGCAUAAUCAGUUUAAAAGUAUAGCUCUAAUGUUUGCAACAUAAGGGAAGAAGUAGUUAUCAUGUUAGUAAUACCUCUAACAGUAUAAACCCUACCCUGAAAUUAGCCAGUAAUCCUGUAGGAAGAUACUGUAUGAUCAAAUGUUUAAUCAUAUAAAUAGAAUGUAAAUGUAUCACUGAGCACUGUUUUUCUAGUAUAUCAUCAAAAUUCUUUUAUUUCAUCAUUCACUUCACUGUGCUGUUAUGAUGAUGUGCUUAACAGGGAACGUGGUUAGUGAAAGGAAAAUAAACCUGGAUGUUACUAUAAAUUUAGUUUAAUGAAUGUUUAAAGAAUUCAAAUUUUAUCUGCCUCUCUGGUAAUUUGGAUCUCUUCUUACAUACAAACAGUACUGAUAUGAAGACCUUUCUCUGCACUAUAUGCAAACAGGGUAACUAUUACAAAGCCACUUUAAAUUCUUAAAGGUAUAUCCAGGUUUAUGACAGCAAUUGUGUUUACAUUUUAUGGUGCCUAGUAUUGACAAAAUGUUAUUUCCCUAUAUUAAACAGAUGAAUCCAUAG